GAAGGGACAGGGAUACCACGACGAUCCAGGGCGGCAGGCGGCGGCGUGCAGGGCCUCAGAAAGCUACUUUGUGGCUUGCCGGCAGUUCAGAUUCUGAGACCAAGCCAAAAUUUCUGUUCGGUUCCGCUCCAAAGCUGGUGUGUAAGUGUGCCACGAUGGACAAGAGCGCCGUAGCCAAAAUGGGAGCAGUGGCCAGCGCCAGUGUGUGCGCCCUGGUCGGGGGAGUAGUCCUGGCCCAAUACAUCUUCACUGUAAAGAAGAAAACGGGCAGGAAAACGAAGAUUAUAGAGAUGAUGCCAGAAUUUCAGAAGAAAACUGUCCAUAUCAAAGAUCCAGAAAGGGUAGAAGAAAUUAUCUGUGGUCUCAUCAAAGGAGGAGCUGCCAAACUUCAAAUAAUUACAGACUUUGAUAUGACGUUAAGUAGGUUUUCCCAUAAUGGCAAAAGAUGUCCAACAUGUCAUAAUAUCAUUGACAACUGUAAACUCAUUACAGAGGAAUGUCGCAAAAAGUUAUUCCAGCUAAAAGAAAUAUAUUAUGCUAUUGAAAUUGAUCCUGGUCUUACAGUGGAAGAGAAGUAUCCAUAUAUGGUUGAAUGGUACAACAAAUCCCAUGCUUUGCUUAUUGAACAAGAAUUACAGAAGGACAAACUUGCUGAAAUUGUGAGAGAGUCUGAUGUUAUGCUGAAAGAGGGGUAUGAAUUUUUUUUUGACAAACUUCAUGAACAUAAUGUUCCAGUAUUUAUAUUUUCUGCUGGGAUUGGAGACAUACUGGAACAGAUUAUUCAUCAAGCAGGUGUUUACCAUUCCAAUAUCAAAGUAGUUUCCAACUUUAUGGAUUUUGAUGAUAACGGCAUAUUGAAAGGAUUUAAAGGAGAAUUAAUUCAUGUUUAUAACAAACAUAAUGGGGCCUUGAAAAAUACAGAGUACUUUAAACAAUUAAAAGACAACAGCAAUAUCAUAUUACUUGGAGAUUCUCAAGGAGACUUAACAAUGGCAGAUGGAGUGGCAAAUGUUGAACAUAUUCUUAAGAUUGGGUAUCUCAAUGAUAAAGUUGAAGAACUGCUGGAAAAAUAUAUGGAGUCCUAUGAUAUUGUUUUGGUGAAAGAUGACUCUCUGGAUGUGGCCAACUCAAUCCUGCAAAAAAUUUUGUAAUAUACAGUAUUAGCAUUGUUUUCCUUUAAAAGAACCCAUUGGACAAAUUUGCAUGACAGCUAUGAAAACAAUAAUCAGAUGCUGCUUUCCACACUAUUUACCAGUUCAUUUGGAAAGUACUGUAUUCCUCAUUAUAUUGCUCCAUGCUAUUGAAAUAUAUUUCACUGUUUAUUAUCUCCCUAUUUAUUAAUUUCAAAGGAAAUAUUGUUCAUGAUUAUUGGAAAAUAUAUCUUUAUUUCUGCACAAUAAAAUUGAUAUUUUCAGCA